AAAUCACGAACGAGGCGUAAAGUGGGUGGGUGACGUGCCUUUGCUGCAUGAAAACAUAGGAACGCAAUUAUACGUGCUUGUUUCAUAAGUUUUUGACCUAAAAAACCUUUAAAAAUUUAAAAACCAAGUGCAAUCAUGGGGGACCAAAUCGAGGACGAUGAGGUGCAGGAAAUCCUCAAAACGGGCACCGAUCUGCGCCAAUAUUCUGCCCAAAUCGAGAAGGAAUUCAAAGAGGUGGAAAAUAGAUCCAUCGAGGACUACAUCAAGGAAAGCCAAAAUAUUGCCAAUUUGCACAACCAGAUUGGAAGUACCUCCCAGAUUCUGGAACGGAUGGAAUCGAUGCUGAUGGAUAUACAGGGUGCACUAAAUAAUAUAAGCAGCGAAAUCACGACGCUACAAAAGAAAUCCGUCUCGAUGUCGGUACAGCUGACCAACAGGCAAUCGGUGCGUGCUCAGCUGUCUCAGUUCAUCGAAGAUAUGGCCGUCCCGGAGGAGAUGAUAUCAACAAUAAUGGACACACCUGUUACGGAGAAAGAUUUCCUCAAUCAUCUGAACGAGUUGAAUCAUAAACUAAACCUAAUGAAGGAGCUUAACUUUAAGGAGUCUAAAUCGUCCCAGGAUGUGAACGAUGUUCUGCAAAAGUUGAAAAUUAAAGCCAUGACCAAGCUGCGGGUCUAUCUGAUGGAACAAAUCUACAAGUUUCGCAAACCGAUGACGAAUUACCAGAUUCCGCAGAACGCCAUGCUGAAGUUUAAGUUUUUCUUCGAAUUUAUUCUCUCGAACGAGCGUACCGUGGCCCAGGAAAUUUGUAACGAGUACGUUGAUACGAUGAGCAAGAUCUACUACAGUUAUUUUAAGAGUUACUCCACUCGGUUGGCGGCUUUGAAGUUUGAGGAAGCCGUUUCCAAGGAUGAUCUGAUGGGUUUGGAGGACACUGUUACGAGAAGUAUUUUCUCCAAGACCAGUUCCCUGAAGAACAAAAGUACGGUGUUCUCGAUUGGGGAUCGGGGUGAUGUUCUGAACCAACAACUGGAAGCACCGAUCAUCGUUCCUCAUGCGCAGCAGAAAAUACGAUACCCAUUCGAGGCGCUAUUUCGCUCGGAGCAGUACGCCCUGGUGGAUAACGCUUGCCGCGAGUAUCUAUUUGUGACGGAGUUUUUCAUCGUUAGGGGCCCGCAGGCACAGGAUUUGUUCAACCAGAUUAUGGGAAAAACGAUGAUUAUGCUUAUCAAAAAUUUGGAAACUUACGUUCAGGAUUGUUUUGAUACCAUUGCCCUGUUCCUGUGCAUCCAGCUUUGCUUGAGAUAUCAAUUGAUGUGUCACAAACGAUGCGUUCCUGCUUUGGAUAAAUAUUGGGACAAUUUACAGGCUGUGAUUUGGCCCCGCUUUGAGUUGGUUUUUCGCAUGAACAUACAGAGCAUUCAGGAGUGUGAUCCAACUAAAUUUCCAAAAGAAACUGGACCUCAUUAUAUAACUCGUCGAUACGCCGAAUUUUCCGCUGCCAUCGUUGGUAUAUCGGAAAAUUUUCCAAACGAGUUAGUUUCCCAUCUACUUCUAGAGCUCCAGGAAGAAGUCAAAUGUUUUAUGUUACGCAUGGCCGCCAUUUUCACCACCCGCAAGGAACAGUUGAUUUAUCUGAUCAACAAUUACGAUUUGGUGCUCGGGGUGUUGAUGGAGCGAACCCGAGACAACUCGAAGGAAGCAGAAGCAUUCCGGGAACUGUUGAGCACCCGAAGUUCCGAGUAUGUGGAAGAAAUUCUGGCACCCCAUUUGGGAGGAAUAAUUCAGUACGUGAAAGAUUGCGAGCAAAUGCUAGAGAAGGAGCAAACAGACGAAUUCAAACGGCAGGAAAGAAGAUCGCUACAAUUGGUUGCAAGUUUUUCGGCAAACUGGAAGAAAUCUCUGGAGGAAUUGAACCGCGAGGUGUUUUUAUCAUUCCCAUCGCUAGUCACCGGGUCCCAGCUUUUGCAGCUCGCUUUGGCCCAACUAGUGCAGUAUUAUCAUAAAUUCUACAAGCUGCUCACGCCAGGUGCUCGAGCCCAGCUAGUUAACAUCCACGUGAUUAUGAUAGAAAUCAAGAAAUAUAAAAGUAAUUACUAGGUA